GGGGUACUACAAGCACCUCCCCUAGAAAUGCAGCAAAUCUCUCCCGUUUUCUCCUGGUGGGGCACUGGGAGGGCUGGAGACGUGCUUUGCAUUGGCAGGCUGAUGAGGACACGUGUCUCCUCCCUGCCUCCCCCCCCUCAGGCUCCACGGUACCGCAUUGGCAUCAGUAAAGGCACCUGAAAACCGACAACCAACUCCUGGAAACGCUGUCUGCCACCUUAUAACUCAAAAGAAAACGAUAUUAUAGGCCGUAGAGAAACCUGUGGCUUUGCCUCUUUUUUUUUUGGUUGUCGUGCGUAAAGCUUUUGCGCACACCGCCAAACUGCCUCAGAGACUGAAUAGGUGCGCUACUCGUCGAGCAUCAGAGCGCAGUGCCAAGAUGCAGACACGGAGCAGCAACGUCUGAAGGUGACAUGAACCUGGGGAUAAUCAAGAGCAGCAGGCGUACAUUGAACAAGAAGUGGAGAUAGCAACUGAAAACCGACGGUGUCUUAAAACAAAACUUGCGCUUUUCCCCAGUGGCUUUAUCUAAUGCAGAGAAUCAAGAGCUGCCAUCCAAAGUAGCCUCAAAUUUUUACUGACUGAAGGAGGGGAAAAAAACACACCAAUUAAGCUGCAGACAGUUGAGAUUCAGAGGAAGGAAAAAUGGCGACGUUAAUCAGAAGCAAGCUUUCUAAUAAACUGUCAAAUGCAGCCACCGCUGUCUCCAACAAAUCCCAGGCGAAGGUGAGCGGGAUGUUCGCCAAGAUGGGGUUCCAGGCCGCCACCGACGAGGAGGGUCUGGGCUUCGCCGCCUGCGAUGACCUGGACUACGACCACCGGCAAGGCAUGCAGAUGGACAUCUUGACAUCCGAUGAGAUGGGAGGAGAGGGAAGUGGAGAUGGAAGCGCGUUGGAGGGUGAUAGCCACUACCAGAGGGACGGCACCGGACCACCACACUCAGCCUCAAAGGACGGAGGUCCGACGAACGAGUUGUCUGAAGUGAGACCAAAAAUCACCGCAUGGGAGGCGGGUUGGAACGUCACGAACGCAAUCCAGGGGAUGUUCGUUCUUGGGUUGCCCUACGCCAUCCUGCACGGAGGAUACCUCGGACUCUUUCUCAUUAUUUUCGCCGCCGUGGUAUGCUGUUACACGGGGAAAAUCCUCAUUGCCUGCCUGUACGAGGAGGACGAAGACGGGCAGCUCGUCCGUGUGAGGGACUCCUAUGUGGACAUUGCCAACGCCUGCUGCGCGCCCAGAUUCCCGUCUUUAGGUGGCCAUAUCGUGAAUGUAGCCCAAAUCAUAGAGCUAGUGAUGACUUGCAUCCUGUAUGUGGUGGUCAGUGGUAAUCUCAUGUACAACAGCUUCCCCCACAUGCCAAUAUCCCAGAAGUCGUGGGCCAUCAUCGCCACCGCCGCUCUCCUCCCAUGCGCCUUCCUCAAGAACCUGAAAGCCGUCUCCAAGUUCAGCUUGCUGUGCACAAUGGCCCACUUUGUCAUCAACAUCCUGGUGAUAGCGUACUGUCUCUCCAGGGCGAGGGACUGGGCCUGGGAUAAGGUCAAGUUUUACAUCGAUGUCAAGAAAUUCCCAAUCUCCAUUGGGAUUAUCGUGUUCAGCUACACCUCGCAGAUCUUCCUACCAUCACUGGAGGGGAACAUGCAGAAACCGAGCGAGUUCCACUGCAUGAUGAACUGGACUCACAUCGCUGCCUGCAUCCUCAAGGGCCUGUUCGCCCUAGUGGCCUACUUGACCUGGGCUGAUGACACCAAGGAGGUCAUCACAGACAACCUGCCCUCAACCAUCCGAGCUGUCGUCAACCUCUUCCUAGUAGCCAAAGCUUUGCUGUCGUAUCCUCUGCCGUUUUUCGCCGCCGUCGAGGUAUUAGAGAAAUCAUUUUUCCAGGAUGGGGGACGUGCCCACUUUCCAGAUUGCUACGGAGGGGAUGGACGCCUAAAAUCCUGGGGACUCUCCCUCCGAUGCAUCCUUGUUGUGUUCACUUUGCUCAUGGCGAUCUAUGUGCCACAUUUCGCCCUCCUUAUGGGUCUCACUGGCAGCCUGACAGGUGCGGGCCUGUGCUUUCUGCUUCCCAGUCUCUUCCACCUCAAGCUUUUAUGGAGAAAGCUGCUAUGGCACCAGGUUUUCUUUGAUGUCGCCAUCUUUGUAAUAGGAGGUAUAUGCAGCAUAUCUGGUUUCAUCCACUCGAUGGAGGGGCUCAUAGAGGCUUUCAAAUAUAACAUAGAAGAGUAGAUUGCAUUGCUGGAACUAGAUGUUAACUGCAAAUCCCCAUUUAGUGAAAAAAAAAAAAAAAAAUACACGACUUCCCGACAAGCCCCUCUGCUUAAUUCAUGCGUAAAAAAAAGCGCGCACGGAAACACACGCGGACAUUUUCGCACUCAUAACAGUCUAGCAUCAAGUCAGAAAAAAAUGCGCGCAUACACACACACACACACACACACACACACACACACACACACACACACACACACACACACACACACACACACACAGAGAGAAAAGAGCCGGUGGCAGCGAGGGAAUCCAGUGCAUCCACAACACACUAUAUGGACAAUACAUGUUGUAUAAAUAUGCGAUACAAACGUACAUAUACAUAUUUUCCAGUGGAGUGACCGUUUACAAUAUUGACCUUAAACAAAAUUUGCAAAAAGGGCAGUUUGUCUCUUUGUAGCUCUUGUGGUGCUUCCCCACAUGAGACUUCACUUCAUGUAACGCUCCAGUUUGUGAUGGACAGAUAGUCGACGGCAUAAUGUGAUAUAAGAUAAGUUUAUUUAAAAAGAGAGGAACUAAAAAAAUAAAACAUUAAGACACACCACUUUUCUUCUAUAGGUAAUUUGCAAUAUGAUUAUGGGCAGUGAAUGUGGUGUUAAAUCUCUAAGAUAAAAAAUUUAAAAAAUAAAAGCCUGUGGACACACAAGACGGAAAAAUAACACAAUGGCAAUAACCAGCAAGUAGAAACACAUGAUAUUAAUUAUGUUUUCGUUAGAAAUGAGGAAAUUGGACCUACCCCCGGCAGAUUAAAAUACUUACAGUACACAGCAGCUAUACAAACUAUGCAUUGAAUGUAUGAUAUUUCAGACACACAAAACUAAAUGAAACUGGGAAGUGGAAAUUACAACAACAAAAAAAAACCCUACAAAUUCUUCUGCGUGAAAGUGUUAAUGGUUUGAUAUUCUUUCCAAUAUUUGAUUUAUUUUAUUGAGCUUUUAAAACGGCAAUAACGAAAUUUAAUUAAACCCCAAAAUCCUGGCAUACACCUUUUUUUUUUUUAAAGAUGAGGGGACCCCAAAUUGAAAAUUCUUGCACACUCAAUUUGCCAUAAUGCUUUUCAUUACAUUUGACAAUACGUGGCCUGUUCGGAAAUUAAUUUGAAAGACUCCUGUCUCGAAAAUUUGGUGUCUGAAAAUCUUUAAAAAUAUAUAUAUUAGAAAAAAAAAAAAGAAAUGAGAUAAUUUAAGAGGAAAAUGUGCAUACAGACAUUUUUCAUUCUGUGCAAUCCAAUGGGUCCUGUGGAAAUGUUAUAAAAACCGUAUGUGUAGUGUGUUAUUGUGGUUUCAAAAAGAUGGAAUGUAUAUCUCAAAGUCGUUAUCAUAUAUCGUGAAAUUAAUAUUAAAGAAUAAAGAAAUAAGUGAAAUUA